AUGAUUUUAUAUAAAUUGAUAAGCAUUUAACUAAAUAAAUUAAAAUAUUAGAAGUAAAAGAUAUCACCAAUGAAAAUGCAUAUAUUUUUUCUGAAUUUUUAUCUCCUGUUAAUAACAAUUAGUAGGUCUCAACUUAUUUAUAGAAAUUUUUAUGGAAGUUUUACGUCAACAAACUUUGAUUGGAAUAUUUAUUAACUGGAUAACAAUGGUUAUUCUGUGGCAAGUUGCGGAUUAAAAAAUAUGUUAAUCAUGAAUGAAUGCACUUAAUCUUUUAAUAGUUUAACGUCAAAAACUUUUGAGCUUCCAUUACAUGAUUUAAUCAACCUGUCAUUUAAACUUUGGAUGUAAUUAUAAAGUUAUGAAGAUAGGAUAAAUUCUGUUAGCUAUUCUUUCUAUUUGUAUAUUGAUAAUGAACUUUAUCUUAUAAUCUAAAAUUCUCUAUACACUUUUACAAACGAUUGUCCACCAUAUGGAUCAUAUGAAAUAAAUGAAAAUAUUGCUCACUCUAGUACUUCAAUUUAAAUUACAAUGGUUUCUGAUUAGAAAUCAUGGGGCUUUUCUGAAUUUACUUUAAAUGUCGUAAGUAAUACCUAAAAUAUUUGGGAAUUAGUUUAUUAAUCUUUGGAUUAACGAUUUCUCUCAAUGAUAACUUUAAAUGAUGGAUGGAUGACUAAUAACAUAGUUUCUUAAUAAAUAGAGUAAUGUACAGAUUUUUAUUUUUUAAGAUCGACAGGGAAUAAUUUUAUCAAAGAUUUCGUUUUGAAGGUUCAUACUAAGAUUAGUUUGAAUUUGAGAGUUUUAAUAUUCAAUUUAGCUUCACCAAUAAUUUAUUUCAAAAUUGAUAACUAAUUGGUAGCAACUUAAACUUCAAAUUCUUAUGUAUAAUCUGCACUUCCAUUAUGCAGCAAAUUCAUAGUCAUGUAAGUAAGAAUAACUGAUUUUAUACAUAAUAAUGAAAAUCUGAGAAUAGAGGUGACAACUUCAGCGGAUGGCUCCAUUUCUUGGUUUGGAAUCAGAGAUUUUUCAUUAUUUAUUGAUUAUAUUAAAGAAGAAUAUUAAUGUAAAGACUUUAACAUUUAGCCAUUUGAUGGGUGUUUCUCUAAUCAAUACGAUUGUAAUUUUGGUUGUAGUAAUUGCGUAAAUGGGAUCUGCAUCAACUGUUUAGAUGGUUGGUAUUUGGACCCAUAAGAUAUCUGUAUCCCACUCUGUGGUGAUAAUAUGUUAAUGUUAAAUGAGAUUUGUGAUGAUGGUAAUUCUAUUCCAUAUGAUGAUUGCCAUCACUGCUAGUUUUCUUGUCCAUUAAAUUGCAUCCUUUGUGUUUUUGGUACUUGUAAAGAAUGUGAAAAAUCCUAUUUUCUUAUAGAAAAUAAGUGUACACCUGUCUAAUAGAAUUGUGAAAACUUUGUUGAUCAAAUAGAAACAGGUUUUUUCAACAAUUGGACUAAUUAUUUUGAAAAAAAUGGCUUUUAAUGUCAACCUAACUCUCAAUAACUAUCAAUGCUAUAAUAAUCUAAAUAGUAUAAUUUACUUCAAAAUAAUUAUUGUGGAUUAGCCAUAAUUUCAAGCUUUUCGAUUUGUUAAUUUCCAGAUUUUUUAAAUAUUUAACAUUAUUAAUAAGAUAGGGAAACUGGAUGUGAAGAAGAUUAUAAAUUUUCACCAAACAAAAGGUAAUGUGUUUAAACUUGUAAUUGUUAAGAUUUAGUUAGCUAGUAAACUAAUGAUUGUUAUAUUUGUAUAUAAAACUGCUAAUUAGAAUGUUUAAUAUGUCUUUAGGAUAAAUGUUAUGCUUGUUUUGAGGGAUGGUAGCUGGUUGAUAAUAAGUGUUAGCAAAUUUGUGGAGAUAAUUAAAUAGCAUUAACUUCGAAUGAAUAAUGUGAUGAUGGUAAUCAGAUUAUUGAAGAUGGGUGUAAUGAAUGUUAAUUUGAAUGUGGAUCAUUUUGUUAAUUAUGUGAUAAAGAAUUAAAUUGUAUCAUAUGUGAAUCAAAUUCUUAAACUGUUAAACAAUUUAAAUGUAAGCCAAUAUGCGGUGAUAAAAUAGUUAUAAAUGGAUUAGAGGAAUGUGACGAUGGAAAUGACAUUAGAUAUGAUGGUUGUAUUUGA